UCGCAUUAGUUUGACAGGAAGUUGCGUCAGAAGCGGUCAUGGCGUCCACAGCGGCGACCCGAACAGUCACUGGUGCUGUCAAAGUCGUUAAACCGAUUUUGAGUCGAGAUUUAGAUGAAGCUAAGCGCAGAGUUCGGGAACUGUACCGGGCCUGGUACCGAGAGGUUCCGAAUACAGUGACUUCGUUUCAGCUGGACAUCACAAUACACCAGGCACGAGCCAAAGUGAGGGAGAUGUUCAACAAAAAUAAAUACGUGACUGACCCCCGUGUGAUCGACAUGCUCGUCAUUAAGGGGAAAAUGGAGCUGCAGGAGACCAUCAACAUUUGGAAGCAGAAGACUCACAUUAUGCGUUAUUUCCACGAGACGGAGGCACCUCGUCCUAACGACUUCAUGACCAAAUUCUACCAGGGUCAUGAUCCAUGAACUGUGUGUUUGCUGACCUUUGACACCUCUGUGCAUAAAUAUUGUGAGGCAGAUGUUUCCUCGCUGUAAAUACACUCAUUUAAUGAA